UUCCUAAGAGAGAGAAAGAGUGAGUGAUCAUUAUAAGCAAGGUUCUAUUUGGAAAAGGAGAAAGGUGAUGUGAUUAAGGGGGGCUUCACUAUCAGCAGAAGGUUUAUUUAACUGUUUUCUGAUCCCAUUCAUUUCCUUAUUCCACAUUUUCCACCAGAGUUGUUUCAUAUCAAAACUUAUUUAUCAUAAACAUGUGGGUUGGUGUAAAUACCUAUGUAGACACCAUAUAGUUGUGAGCCAAAACUAUUAUGUGUUCUAAGAGAGAAGACCAAGAACAAGUAGUAGAAGAUCAAGAACAAGAACCACAAGUUGCUGAUCACUAUCAAGAUUUUCAAAACACACCAACAUUUGAUCAACAACAACACCCAUCAAUUGCCCAACAACUUCAACAUCAAAACAUGGGUAUUAAUGAUUAUUCAUACACAUCAUCAUCAGAAGUCUCUCCAAUCUUGCACCCACAGCAACAACCCUGGAUCCUACCUCAAGCAUUCCACCACCACAGCACCGGGUACACCCCGGAUCUUGCCUACCCUGACCAAAACUCAUACCUCUUCCCUCCGCCACCACCGCCACCCUCAUCGCUAUCGCCGUAUGGUGGUUUGUUUAACAGGAGGGUUCCUGGUGGAUUGCAGUUUGCAUAUGAGGGUAGUACAUCUUCAUCAGACCACAACUUGAGGCUCAUAUCCGAGACACUGGGCCAGAUGGUUCAACCAGGGUCUAUGCCCUUUGGGCUCCAAGCUGAAAUGGGUAAGAUGACUGCUCAAGAGAUCAUGGAUGCAAAAGCUUUAGCAGCUUCCAAGAGCCAUAGUGAAGCCGAACGGCGACGUAGAGAGAGAAUCAACAAUCAUCUUGCUAAACUCCGUAGCUUGCUCCCAAGCACCACCAAAACGGACAAGGCUUCAUUGUUAGCUGAAGUGAUACAACAUGUGAAGGAGCUCAAGCGUCAGACAUCCAUAAUAGCAGAACAAAGUCCUGUCCCAACAGAGACUGAUGAGUUAACCAUUGACAACACAUCUGACGAAGACGGCAAUAUAGUCAUCCGAGCAUCAUUAUGUUGUGAGGACCGAUCCGAUCUCUUACCGGACCUCAUCAAAACCCUAAAAGCGCUUAGGCUAAGAACCCUAAAAGCCGAGAUCACAACACUUGGCGGUCGCAUGAAGAACGUCUUGUUCAUCACCGGAGAUCAAGAUUCAAACAACAACGAUAACACAAAUUACUCGAUAAACAUGAUCCAAGAAGCAUUCAAAGCAGUGAUGGAGAAGACAAAUGGGGAUCAUGAGUCUUCUUCUGGAAGUGUUAAGAGACAAAGAACAAACAACAUCAAUGGUGUUGAUCAUCGUAGGACAUGAUCAUAUGUGUCUUUAUAAAGAACUUCAGGAGUUGUGCCUUUAAGGAUGUAUGUUGUUUCUUAUCCCUUGAGAUAUUGGGUUUUAAGUUAUUUGUUUUCACUUUCUGUGUGUUCUUUCCGAGUCUUUUUAUGUUUUAUAUGGAACUUUUGUUGGAUUAAAUGAUAUGACUGAUGUGUUGCUUGAAGUUA